AAAAUACCACACAAUACCAUACAAUACCACCCUGGUACGGGGUGGUAUUGUGUGGUAUACAAUGUUAAAAGUAGUAAAUUACAAUUAAUAUACUUCUACUAUCAUGUAUUCAACCAUCCUACAGUAUUGGUUUGUUCAUACCACCAUGGUACGUUUUUCAAAACAUAGGUAUGCUUUUAUUUCAAUACCAGUCAAUACCAUAUGGUAUAGGC